AUGGAGCAUCACGGAGAAAGCGGGAACAAAGAAGAAAUAAAGUCUCCCUGUCACAUUCUGACCGUGUGUGAAGCCGAUAUCUAUCUAUCUAUCUAUCUAUCUAUCUAUCUAUCUAUCUAUCUAUCUAUCUAUCUGUCGAAAUUGUCUGUUAACGCGUCUCACAAAUUCACAUCUGUAAAGAAACCUUGGACCUCUCAGUCUUCAGUACAUUGUUCUACUAAUGAAACUUGCCACCAGCACCUGCAAAUAAUAGCAUUUCUUUCUCUUCGCUCUCUUUCUCUUCACUCUCUUUCUCUUCGCUCUCUUUCUCUUCACUCUCUUUCUCUUCGCUCUCUUUCUCUUUCUCUUCACUCUCUUUCUCUUCACUCUCUUUCUUUCGCUCUCUUUCUCUUCGCUCUCUUUCUCUUCACUCUCUUUCUCUUCGCUCUCUUUCUCUUCACUCUCUUUCUCUUCACUCUCUUUCUCUUUCGCUCUCUUUCUCUUCUCUUUCUCUUCCUCUCUUUUUUCGCUUCUUUCUCUCUUCGCUCUCUUUCUCUUCUCUUUCUCUUUCUUUUUCGCUCUCUUUCUCUUCCUCUCUUUCUCUUCGCUCUCUUUCUUUUCUCUUUCUCUUCUCUCUUUCUCUUCGCUCUCUUUCUCUUCUCUCUUUCUCUUCGCUCUCUUUCUUUCGCUCUCUUUCUCUUCCUCUCUUUCUCUUCGCUCUCUUUCUCUUCUCUCUUUCUCUUCCUUCUCUUUCUUUCGCUCUCUUUCUCUUCGCUCUCUUUCUCUUUCUCUCUUUCUCUUCCUCUCUUUCUCUUCGCUCUCUUUCUCUUCCUCUCUUUCUCUUCGCUCUCUUUCUCUUCGCUCUCUUUCUCUUCCUCUCUUUCUCUCGCUCUCUUUCUCUUCCUCUCUUUCUCUUCUCUCUUUCUCUUUCUCUUCCUCUCUUUCUCUUCCUCUCUUUCUUUCGUUCUCUUUCUCUUCACUCUCUUUCUCUUCGCUCUCUUUCUCUUCACUCUCUUUCUCUUCGCUCUCUUUCUUUCGCUCUCUUUCUCUUCGCUCUCUUUCUCUUCACUCUCUUUCUCUUCGCUCUCUUUCUCUUCACUUUCUUUCUCUCACUCUCUUUCUCUUCACUCUCUUUCUCUUCGCUCUCUUUCUCUCACUCUCUUUCUCUUCGCUCUCUUUCUCUUCACUCUCUUUCUUUUCACUCUCUUUCUCUUCUUUCUUUCACUCUCUUUCUCUUCACUCUCUUUCUCUUCGCUCUCUUUCUCUUUCUCUUCUCUCUCUCUUUCUCUUUCUUUUUAG